CACACAGAUUUCUUCCUCCUCUAUGUCACAAUUUUCUAGUCCUGUAGUUUCAACUGAGGUAUCAACUUCUCCUCUGAGCUCGUCUGAGUCUACCGUGACUUCUGCCCCAUCGAUCUCACCAGUGUCUGCCUCCAGCGUCCCCACUUCACCAAGUGAAUCCAUCCCUACUUUUCAGAAAGUGAGCUCUAUGGUGACCGCAACCACACUUACCUCUUCCUCCCCAGGGACAGAGGAGUCUUCAACCACACAGACUUCCUCCUCUGCUUCGCAAUUCUUUAGUUCUGCUGUUACUUCUGAGGUAUCAACUACUCCUCCAAACUCGUCUGAGUCUACCGUUACUUCUGCCCCAUCGAUCUCACCACUGUCUUUCUCCAGUGCCCCCACUUCACCAAGUGAAUCCACCCCCACAUCUCAGGAAGUGACCUCUACGGUGACCGCAAGCAAACCUUCAUCUUCCUCCCCAGGGACAGAGGAGUUUUCAACCUCACAGACUUUCUCCUCCUCUGCCUCGCAAUUCUUUAGUCCUCCAGUUACUUCUGAGGUAUCAACUUCUCCUCCUAGCUCGUCUGAGUCUACCGUGACUUCUGCCCCAUCGAUCUCACCAUUGUCUGCCUCCAGUGCUCCCACUUCACCCAGUACAUCCACACCUACAUCUCAGGAAGUGAGCUCUAUGGUGACUGCAACCACACCUCCAUUUUCCUCCCCAGGGACAGAGGAGUCAUCAACCACACAGACUUCUUCCUCCUCUACAUCACAAUUCUCUAGUCCUGAAGUUUCAGCUGAGGUCUCAACUUCUCUCAGCUCUUCUAAGUCUCCCUUUACUGCUACCCCCUCAAUGUCACCAGUGUCUGCCUCCAGCUCCCACGCUUCUCUAAGCGAGUCCCCUCUUACAACUCAGGAAUUGAUCUCAGUGGAGACUUCAGUUCCGCAUCCCUCUUCGUCUUCAGGGCUAAAGGCGUCUUCCACCACAGAGAGAUUUUCCUCCUCCACGUCACCUAAUUUUUCUACUGAAUUUAUUACCAAGCUCUCAAGUCCUCUUCAGUCCUUUUCUGAAACUGCCGUUCCUUCCGUUUUGUCUACCUCUUUUGCUUCGGCAUCCACCAUGAAAACCUCACCUACUGAAAUCUUCUCAUUGCCGCACAGUUUUGCCUCCUCAGUGCUUCCCAAUUCUCGACUGCCAACAGUUUCUGCAACUCCUCAGUCGUUCAGCACUGUGCUUAUGAGUUCUUCAAGUUUUCCUCAUAUCCAGAAUUCAACAACAUAUGUUAUAUCUACAAGUACAGAAGUUUCUUCCAGUGUUGCAUCUCAUGUGUACUGUGAGAAUGGAGGGACGCCUCAGGGUUAUCGGUGUCUUUGCAAGCCUCUCUUCACGGGGCAGCACUGUCAGGAGGUACUGAACGAAAUCCAAGCUGUGAAUGUCACGGCUACUGUCAACAUCAUCGUCGAGGUGACGAAUAGGAACUACAGCGCAGCAAUGAAAGAUCUGGCAUCCAACAUCUCCAAGCAGUUUUUGACCGUUUUUGAGGAACAGAUGAGAAAAUUCUACGAGAGCAUUCUCAACUUCCGGGGGAUAAAAGUAAUCCAGCUGAGGCCAGGCAGCGUCGUCGUGGACCACGAGGUGCGCUUCUCGGUGCCCUUCUCCGGCUUCAACGCUUCGUACGAUGAGGCUUUGGGGGCCAUCGCGGGGCGCUUCAAGAGCCAGUCCUGGACAGAGGAUCCGCUGCACUUUAAUAACACCCCUCGGGUGGUCGCGGUGUCCCUGAGCCCUGAAGACCUGUCCCGGACCUGCAGGAAUGAGCAGCUGAUACCACAGGACUUCCAGCGGUACUACGUGGCCCGCAACGUCAGUGGGCGGCUCCAGUGUGUCUCCAACUGCAGCACGUGGCACCCGGACACCUUCACCUGUGGGCAAGGAAACUGUUACAUCCAGGCCAGAGGGCCCAGUUGCUACUGUGAGCAGUCGGACUCCUACUGGUACGUGGGCAGCCGCUGUGAGCAAAGCAUCAGCAAGGUGGGGGUGGCCGUGGGGGUGGCGCUGGGCCUGGCUGCUCUCCUGCUGCUGAUUCUCAUCUUGGCCCUGCUCCUCUGCUGGAGGCGCCGCGCUCCCAAGGAGAAGGACCGCAGGCUGACGGGCACUCCUGAUGAAGAGAAGUGGUACGAGAACGCGUCCGAGUGGGUUGCUGGCCCCCGAGGCUUCCCUGGGCAGAGCCCAGGUGCAGACAGCGUGCCAGAGUCGGAGAGUGGCUCCAGCGGUGAUCAGCCUUCCUUGCCAGGCCAGGGAUCCUUCCGGCCCCGCCUGGACAAGGUGGACACCUCUCUCCAGACACGGAUUGCCCGGCCCCAGGUGACCCGGCUGUGAUGAGCCCUGGAAGUCAGGCCACAAGACAGAAGCCACAUGUGGUCUGCACGGGACUUGCCCUCCUUGGGGCCAGGGAGACAGCAGGGCCAAAGCGAGUGGAGGGUUGCUGUGGUGCCCCUCCCUCCAGAGCAGUGGUGUGUUGUCAGCCCCUUGAAUGCGGCGAUUCUCUUCUACUGAUGCCGGGAUAAAGAGGCUCCUGCAGGCAUUUCAAGGGCAGCAACGGAGACGGCAGAAGCGCUCUCCAGGGACGGGCGUUGCUCCACACGUGGCUUGCAGGGCUCUUCCAGGCCAUUCCAAGGCUGGCUCUUUUGUACAAGGCUACGGGAUCCGCAGGUUGGGACUGUGGCCAGCACUGUGAGAAAGGUCUCCCCCACCUUUCCUUCCUCUGCCAGCCUCCCAGUCCUCCCCCCCGCCCCCCCCCCCCGCCAUCCUGGCUUGCUUCUCGCCCUUCCCUGUGUGUGAAAUGCCCCACAGCCCUCUUCCUCCUUAGGUUCAAGCGUGCGGGCCCACAAUGCAACGCUCCGGCACCCUGGACCAUGCGGAGGCGAGAGGCUGCUGGGCGUGGGGCUGCGAUGGAGGCGGAGGAGGGGAGGGGCCUGGCCCCGGCUGCCUGUGUUCUCAGGAAGGGGGAGGGGGCACAGCACGGGGUCCAAGGCCAAGCUCAGGCACCCCAGAGCCCCUGUGGGCAGCGGGCGGCGGCAUCUCUGGGGAGGGAUGUGCAGGCAGGAGGGGGGCUUUCCGGGACUCUGCCGGCAAAUCACCGGCACCCCUCCCCGCCAUCCUUUCACUGAACAAAUGUCCAGUACAACAAUGCAGCAUUAAAUACGGCAACUGAGUUGGAUGUUGUCAUGUGCAAUGCAAAGAAUAAAACACACACACACACAGGAAUACUCAU